CCAGCGCGUGGGGAGCUCUUGGAGGGUUUGAGUGGCGGGUCUGCCGCGGCAGUGAGAGUGACAGACCUGGGCGCCUGAGUCUGGCGCGGCGAUGCUGACCCCGGCGUUCGACCUCAGCCAGGACCCCGACUUCCUGACUGUCGCCAUCCGCGUGCCCUACGCCCGGGUCUCCGAGUUCGACGUCUACUUCGAGGGGGUCGACUUCAAGUUCUACGCCAAACCGUACUUUCUCAGAUUAACCCUUCCUGGAAGAAUUGUAGAAAAUGGAAGUGAGCAGGGGUCCUAUGAUGCUGAUAAAGGUAUUUUUACCAUUCGAUUGCCCAAAGAAACUCCUGGCCAGCAUUUUGAGGGGCUGAACAUGUUAACUGCUCUUCUGGCGCCAAGAAAAUCCAGGACUGCAAAACCACUUGUGGAAGAAAUAGGUGCUUCUGAGGUUCCUGAGGAGGGAGUAGAAGAUGACGAGGACGAGUUUGACUGGGAAAUUGAGCAGGUCCCCUAUGAAGAGGCGUCCGAAAGAGCUUUGAACCCACAGUGCCACUAUGGAUUUGGGAAUUUGCGGUCAGGAGUGUUUCAGCGGUUACAGGAUGAACUGAGUGAUGUUAUUGAUAUUAAGGAUCCAGAUUUCACUCCUGCCACUGAACGAAGGCAGAAACGCCUGGCUGCUGAGCUGGCCAAAUUUGAUCCUGACCAUUAUCUUGCUGACUUUUUUGAAGAUGAGGCAGUUGAACAGGUUUUGAAGUAUAAUCCUUGGUGGACUGAUAUCUAUUCAAAAAUGACAGCCUCUUUGGGAAAGAGUCAGGAGCAAGAAAAUCAUGCUGCGUUAGUGUCUUUUUCUGAGGAAGAGAAAUAUCAGCUGCGAAAGUUUGUCAAUAAAUCUUACCUGCUGGACAAGAGAGCCCAUCGUCAAGUGUACUACAGUUUGAUUGAUAUCCUGCUGGCGUAUUGCUACGAAACUCGCGUCACGGAAGGAGAGAAGAAUGUUGAAUCUGCAUGGAAUAUCAGAAAACUGAGUCCCACACUGUGCUGGUUUGAGACUUGGACUAAUGUUCAUGAAAUCCUGGUGUCUUUUGGAAGAAGGGUUUUGUGCUAUCCACUUUAUCGCCAUUUCAAGCUGGUGAUGAAGGCCCACAGAGACACUGUAAAGAUACUGCAACUAGGUGAAAGUGCAGUUUUAAAGUGUCUACUGGAUAUUCACAAAAUUUUUCAGGAAAACGACCCAGCUUACAUUCUAAACGAUCUCUACAUCUCAGACUACUGUGUGUGGAUUCAGAAAGCCAAGUCCAAAAAGUUGGCAGCUCUUGCAGAAGCCUUAAAGGAAGUCUCCGUGACCAAGGCCCAGCUGGGGCUGGAACUGGAAGAGCUGGAAGCAGCAGCGCGUCUUGUCCAGGAGGAGGAAACUGCAUUAAAAGCGGCUCAUUCUGCUUCCAGGCAGCAGACACCUUGCUCCAGUUCUGAGGCAAGUGAUUCGGAGGAGUCAGACAGCAGCACAUCGUCUGAGGCCGAAGACUCGGAUUCGGAACACGAGGAACUCAAAGAUAGCACAUCUGAGACACUAACUUGCUUGCAGGAUCCCUUUCUUGAGGAAAGCAGUGCCCUGCUAAUUGACGACGGUGGGCUGUGCAGAAACGCGGCCAGCCUGGGGUCUGAUGCUGGUCAGGGGAAGCCACUUGCCUCCUCCCGGGCUCUCGGGGGUCCUGGGCCUCUGAUAGAGGAGCUUGGAGAACAGCUCAAGGCUACAGUUCAGAUGACUGAAACCGAGGGCUCUGCUGCCGGCGACCACAGCAGCAUGCAGGCCCAACACGACCGGCAGACGCCAAACGACUGACUCUGAUGCAGGCCCGACACGACCGGCAGACGCCAAAUGACUGACUGAUGCAGGACCGACAGGACCGGCAGACGCCAAAUGACUGACUCUGAGUGGUUUGAUUCAUUGUUGAGAAUUAUCUCAGAUCUGGUUUUAUGUGCUGAAUUAGAAUUCUUCACUUUCACUUUGUACUUUUUCUUAGUAUAUACAGCAUGUUUUUUCAAUGAGCUAAUGUUGAUACUUGUUGUUUUCCCUGUUAACAACUUUAAAAAUAAAGUUCUAAAGUAUUUUUUACCAAAUGUAAUUGAUAUUUGAAGAUGAAAAUAAUAGUUCUGCCAGAAUCUCUGGAACGUAGAGACCAUUACUAUUUUUAAUAGCUUUACCGAGGUAUACUUGACAUACCGUAAACUGGAUAUUUAACGUGUGCAAUGUGACAUAUAUUUAUACCAAAUGGAACCAUGGCCACAAUCAAGAUGACAUGUUUCCCCAUCAUCCCCAAGUGUUCUCGUGCUUUGUUACCCCUCUCCGACCCCACCCCCCAUGCCACCCAACCCCCCAUUCCCCAGGUGAGCAUUGAUCUGCUCUCUGUCACAAUAUGUUCAUUCGUUUGUAUUCCUAGAAUUUAAUAUAAAUUGAAUCAUGUAAUAUGUACUUUUUUUUAUCAGGCUUAUUUCACUCAGGGUAAUUAUUUUGAGAUUCACUGAUGUGGCAUGUAUUGAGAGGGUUUGCUGCUUUUGGCUUUUUCCGUAUGUGGGUAGGAUUUCAGUGAAUAGAUCUGUCCCUUCACCUACUGACGGACAUUUUGGUUGCUUCCAGUUUUGGGCUGUUGCAAACAAAGCUGUCAUGAAGGUUUGUGUGCAAGUAUUUGUGUGGAUAAUAUGCUUUUAAUUCUCUUAGGUAAAUAUCUAGGCGUGGAAUGAGUGAGCUAUAUGGUAGGUAUGUGUUCAACAGUUUAAGAAACUGCCAAACUGUUUUCCAAAGUGGCUGUACCGUUUUACAUUCCCACCAGUAGUGUAGGACAGUUCCGGUUCUUUCACAUUCUUGUCAUCACUUGGUAUGGUCAGUUUUUAAAAUUUUUACCAUUUUAAUUGGCAUGCAGUGGUAUC